UGAACGACUCCUCCAUGCUGAACCUGAGCUUUCUCCCCAGUAACUGGUUCAACAACGGCACUGGGGACAGCUUCCUGCCGCUGGGCAUCAAGAUCACCAUCGUGGUUGUCUACUCCAUCGUGUGCAUCGUGGGGCUGGUGGGCAACUGCUCCGUCAUGUAUGUCAUCGUCAGAUUCACCAAGAUGAAGACAGCAACCAACAUUUACAUCUUUAACCUCGCUCUGGCUGAUACCUUGUGCCUGAUGACCUUACCCUUCCAGGGUACAGACACGUUCCUGGGCUUCUGGCCCUUUGGCAAUGUCCUCUGCAAGAUUGCCAUCUCUAUAGACUACUACAACAUGUUCACGAGCACCUUCACCCUGACGAUGAUGAGCGUGGACCGCUACAUUGCUAUCUGCCACCCUAUCAAAGCGCUGGACAUCCGCACUCCCCACAAGGCCAAAGUGGUGAACGUCUGCAUCUGGGCACUGGCUUCUGUCUUUGGCAUCCCGGCGAUGGUGAUGGGAUCUGCAGAGAAUGAAAACAAUGAAAUUGAUUGCCUAAUUAAACUCCCUUCACCCGUGGAUUACUGGGAUCCAGUGUUUGGCAUCUGUGUCUUUCUCUUCUCCUUUAUGAUCCCCGUGUUGAUCAUCACCGUUUGCUACAGUCUCAUGAUCAGACGGCUCAAGAACGUCCGUGUCCUCUCAGGCUCCAAGGAGAAGGAUCGAAACCUGAGGCGCAUCACCCGAAUGGUCCUGGUGGUGGUGGCAGUCUUCAUCGUUUGCUGGACUCCCAUCCAGAUUUUCGUACUGGUCCAGUGCCUAGGUGCCAAGGCAGAAAGUGAGCUCGAGCUGGCCAUCUCCUGCUUCUGCACCGCGCUGGGGUACGCCAACAGCAGCCUCAACCCCGUGCUCUACGCCUUCUUAGAUGAGAACUUCAAGGCGUGUUUCAAGAAGUUCUGCUUCCCCACCGCCUUCAGGACCGAGCUCCAGAUGUCCAACAGGAUGUGCAGCAUCGCCAAGGACGUGGCUUACGCCUGCAAGAACUCGGAGGGGACUAACAAUCCGGCCUGA